AUAGGGCGGAACAUGACGCAAAACGGGUGGGGGAAAAAAUAACGCUUCACGAGCACGUUGAUGUUUAUGAAUUAGCUGCAGACGGCUCAUUAUCGGCAUCAUCCGGACAGUUUGACUCCGAUCAGAAAUGUCUGUAACCGAGAUGUUCAGUUAUAUUCAGGGAUUCCUGAGCGCCGACCAGGACGUCAGAGAGGAUAUCCGUAAAGUGGUCCAGACACUGGAGCAGACCGCCAGGGAAAUACUAACAGUACUCCAAAGUGUCCACCAACCAUCUGGAUUCAAAGAAAUUCCCAGUAAAUGUGCAAAGGCACGGGAGUUGUUCAGCACAGUCAGGACACAAAUUGCAGACCUCAAAACAAAAUUUCCUGUGGAGCAGUAUUACAGGUUCCAUGAACAUUGGCGGUUUGUCCUGCAGCGCUUGGCUUUCUUAUCCGCCUUUGUUGUCUACCUGGAGACUGAAACUCUUGUGAUUCGAGAGGAAGUGGCCCAGAUACUCGGCAUUGAGGUGGUGCGAGAGAAAGGCUUUCACCUGGAUGUAGAGGACUACCUGGCAGGUGUGCUGAUCAUGGCUAGUGAACUGUCACGGUUGGCAGUAAACAGCGUCACAGCAGGAGACUACACCCGGCCACUUCGCAUCUCCAACUUCAUCAACGAGCUGGACUCAGGCUUCCGCCUGCUCAACCUGAAGAACGACCCGCUGCGGAAGCGCUAUGACGGCCUCAAAUACGACGUGAAGAAGAUCGAGGAGGUGGUUUACGACCUGUCCAUCCGCGGGCUGGCCAAAGAUCCCGAGUCUGGCGUGGACAAGUAGAGCUCGGAGGGGAUGAUUGGCUGUGGGAGACGGAGGAGGGACCACUCUACGGCUGCUGCACCUUACCCCACCUGGAAGGCAAGACCCAGGGAUCUACCUGAGGCCCCAGCAGCUGAGGACAGACUGUGUGAGUGUGCGUGUAUGAGUGUGUGUUUAAGCGACUGCAUGCAUGAGAAGUGCUUUAGAUGGAUGCCAGUCUGUCAGAUGGGUGGCAGAGACGGUGACAGAGGGUGACACCCUCGCUCAGAGGCUUAAGAUCGAAGGUUCAGUUCGUUGCUGGUUUUUGAAAAUCUGUGUUCUCAGCUUCAUCUGAAUCAUGUGUUAUUGUUUCACUGAGUUGGUUUUGCAACGGUUUCAUCUAACUUCCAACAGUCAACUUCUUAUUAAAUUACAUUAUAUUGAUGUUUAAUUCAUUCGAGAAGACAGGCGGAUAUCGCUCAGAAUGGAGUGUUCCAACCAUGCAGAGCUUAUCUUUUGUGGAUGUUUGUGUUUAUUUGCAAAAAAAAAAAAAGAAAAAGUGAAAUGUGUUUGUGUUGUUCACCAGAUGAGUUCAUGUCUGGUGGUAUUUCUUAGGACUCUGAAUUAUUGUCAAAAAAUUGAUACAUCCAAACAGAGAUCCAAGAGCCUCAUUUAUGGAGGAAAUAUUCGAUACAACAAUCGGAUGAGUACAUCUAGAAUCCAAACAACAGUAACAACCAAUGAAUACAUUUUACAGCAUUCUGACCAGAUUUUGAUCAUUUCUGACUUUCAUAAAGAAGCCUUGGUUUGGAUUUUGAUCAUUAGCACCUAACCUGCAUAUACCUAAUUUUUAGAAAUGAGGCUUCAGGAGUGGUAGAGCCAAAGAAAUUACAAAGAUGCACUUCACUUGACAUAAAGCUACUCUGUGUUUAGUUAAAUUCAUGUUUUGUCAUUUUUUCCAACAGAACAGUGCCAAUGAAUAUGUCCGUUGAGCCGUUUUUAAUAUUUUUGUUGUCAGGUGAAGCUUUCUCUGAAAAUCCAUGAGUGAAUACAAAAUAGUCAGAAUGUCAUGUACUGCGUGUGAUAUGUUAACGGUUUUUCUUGUUUUUCCACUUAAAUGUCUCGGAAGGUUUGUUUGUAGGUUUAUUGUCGACAUCCAUGCUUCUGUUUGCUUCUGUACUGUAGUGGAGCUGGAUCUAUUUUCUAAAAAUAAUUCACUUUCACUCUCUUCCAUCUUGCGCUUUUGUUUCUUGGAGUGAUAAGUGCAUUCAACUUGUACUGUGUGUGUAUUCCUGUCUUUGAAUCAGUUGUCCUAAAGAUGCUUAAAAUUACUGUAAAUAUAUUUCUACAUUCUACUGUACAUUUGCAGCUUCAUCAGACUUUACAAAUGAGCAUAUCAUGCAGAAAAAUACAACAAGCAAGGUUGUGUUUAAAAUCUUUUAAUAUAAUUCACAAUAUAUUACAUUGGGGAAAUAAUACAUUAGGUCUUUCAAAUGCAAAUGAGGAAAACAAAAGAAACUAUGCAAUUCAGCAGGCUUUGUUUUUUUUUUACAUUUUGAAAGGGUUAAUCUGAAACAACUUCCUCCGACAGCACAGGAGUAUUGGUGUGGAUUUGAGCAGCCCUGCCCUCCAAAACACAGUGAUUUGCUACCUCUUCUAGUGCUACUUCAUAACAAACAUAAAACAGCAUCAGUCUUAAAUAGUGGUUUUGGUUUAAUGACUGUAUUGUCUCGACAUGCUGAAAUCAGCUUCGGUCAACUAGGUUCCUUCUAAUAUGAAGAAUUGUGAAUAAACAAGACUGUGUAACAUA